GCCCAAUGUAUUCGAGCAACACUAAAUUGCACCACCAAACUAUCGGCGCGAAUCCGGAUAGGCAGGACCGUCGAUCUGUCUGGGCACAACAUUCCAUUGGUGCGCCGUAGCAACUGUGCUUAUCGGGUCCACUUGUGGGGUUGUGAUCACCCAGGUACAAGAAGUGCUCGCAAGUAUACAACAAUCCUCAUUCCUUGACUCCCGGUUGCUCUAGAACCAUUGCGACGAUGUUUCGAUGCAUUCCGUGUGCUUUGGCACUCGUGAUUGCGAGUUGGGCAAGAGCGGCUUGUGUACCAGACGUGCCUGAGGAGUUACUUGCAUACACCCCGGUUCUUAGCCAUCCAGCUGUACUCAAAGCAUUUGAAAGAGUUGAAGAAUUACUGCAGAAGCCUUACGAUGACAACGUCACGCGUGAUGCACUGAGUUUCGCAAUCGUCCACGCCUCUUCGCCCACACCCAUCUAUACCUUCAAUGCCGGCGAUCUGAAGUUCAACGAAACUUCCCUCUAUCCUCUAAACGUCACCGGGAAUGCCAUCACUAGCGAUUCCAUAUUCCGCGUCGCUUCCGUUACGAAGAACCUCGCCAUGGCCAGCGCUCUGAUCCUUUCCCGGCUUUCGAACCACGCUAUUACCCUCGAUACUCCAGUCCGGAACCUUCUACCGUCUUUUCACCUCCCGCCGCUCGACUGGGCAGAUGGCGGCAGCGACAUCACUCUGGGUAUGUUGGCAAGCCACACAAGUGGUGUUACGAGAGAGAGCUUCAGUACGAACUUCAAUCAAGUGUUAAGUACAGGAAAAGCCACCGCGGAGCAAAUCGGAGCGUUAUGGGCGGACCAAACAGUGGAGAGCGUGGUUGAGGGGGUCGGAAAGACAGAGUUGAUGUUUAGGCCUGGUGAGAGGUCCGCGUACUCCAAUGCGGGCAUUGGGAUCCUCGGAGCUGCAGUAGCCUCGUACUAUAACGAGAUUACUCGCGGCAAUCUGACUUGGAGUCAGCUUGCGACACAGGAGCUACUGGAGCCAUUGAACAUGACACACAGCUUCAUAGGCCCCGUUUUUGAUAGCCUCAUUCCGUUCGUUACGGUGCCUGGAGGCGACAACUGGGCUGAUCUGGUGGUUGGAGAAGGAUACGAUCCGGCCGCGGGCAUGUGGAGCUCAGCAAAUGAUCUAGCAAAGUAUCUUCACGGCGUCUGGCUGCAACACUCCCCCUCACUUAUCUCGCCCUCCAACCGCCGUCGCGCGCUGAAGCCAGUCUACGCCUUCCCAGACGGCAAGCAGCAAGUCGGCCCAGGAUGGGAGAUCAGCCUUCAUACAGUCCCCACAAGCUCCAAUGCAAGCAAACCCAACAUGACUAAGACGUACAGUAUCUACGGCAAGUCAGGGAGCGGUGGUGGCUGGCAGUCCUGGAUCGAUGUCGUGCCCAAUCUUGGCUACGGGCAUGUGAUCCUCAGUCAGACCGCUGGACUGGAGGGGUACGAGACGCUGUAUCCAGGAAGUAUGUAUAGCGACAUACAAGACAUCAUUGUCCCUGCGUUUGCAGAGGCACUGACUGCGCAAGUCGAGAUGAGGUUCGCGGGCACCUACGGAAGUGGGCGAGAUACGGGCAUCAUUACAGACGUAGUGAGCAGCAUUGGUUCCAACUCGACAACGUACGCUAGACUCGAAGUUCAGGACCAGAUUCUGUACAUGCGCGAGCUCAUCGUCAAUGGUAGCAGCGCUCUGGAAGCAAUCGACCGGUUAAGCUGGCUUGAUAACAUCGUAGAAACACGAUACUUUUCCAGACCGGAGGGUGUCGUGCUACAGCCUGCUGGAGGAGCAAGUGAGGUAGCAGAUUUUGGUGAAGGGGCGCAAGUCUUCAGAAUGACCCUUGCUGGAGAGGAGGUGUGUAACUGGUAUGAUUAUGAUGGGUACAAAGAUCAGAACGGGUGGCCUUUGACCAAGGUUGUGCUGGUCGAGACUAGCAACGGGGUUGAGCUGCGUUAUCCGCCAUUUGACAUUAUAGUGACCAAAUCAUAG